GGUUCAUUCGGGUUUCCGUUCUAGUGAAAGUAACACCUGGCUAAAAAAUGGCGGACGCAGCUCCAGCCCGCGGUGGAUUUAGAGGAGGAUUUGGUGGGCGCGGUGGUCGUGGACGAGGUGGAGGUCGAGGCCGUGGACGCGGUCGUGGUGGCAAGAAAGACUCCAAGGAAUGGGUUCCGGUUACCAAGCUGGGCCGUCUAGUGCGUGAUGGUAAAAUCCGCACUCUGGAGGAAAUUUACUUGUAUUCACUACCGAUCAAAGAGUUCGAGAUUAUCGACUUUUUUCUGAGCCGCUCGUUGAAGGAUGAAGUGCUCAAAAUUAUGCCCGUCCAGAAGCAAACUCGUGCCGAACAGCGCACUCGCUUCGAGGCCUUUGUAGCUAUCGGUGAUAGCAAUCGACACAUCGGACUAGGCGUCAAGUGUAGCAAGGAAGUUGCUACGGCCAUCAGAGGUGCAAUUAUCUUGUCCGUCGUCCCGGUGCGUCGAGGCUAUUGGGGUAACAAAAUCGGCAAACCCCACACCGUUCCAUGCAAGGUAAGCGGUAAGUGCGAUUCCGUUUUGGUUCGUUUAAUUCCUGCAUCUCGUGGUACUGGCAUUGUAUCUGCUCCAGUUCCCAAGAAACUGCUGCAAAUUGCCGGUAUUGAUGAUUGUUAUACGAUGACUCGUGGAUCUACCACGACGCUAGGUAACUUUGCUAAAGCGACCUAUGCCGCCAUCGCAAAGACGUACGCUUUCCUCACACCGGACCUGUGGAAGGACCUACCGUUGCGCAAGACCCCGUACCAAAUGUACGCUGACAUCUUGGAAAAGACCAGCAAAACCGGACAGCGCAUCAUUGAGCUGUAAGAUGGUAUUUUUGCUUUUCGAAGCGAAGGUUACCUGCGUUUAGAUUCAGGUACAGGAGAAAAUGAAAUGAGUUCGUCUCACCUUCAGACGAGAG